GCUUUCUGAUGGUCUGAGAUGGAAAGACACUCCGUUGGCACAUUGGAGUAGGUCGAACAUCCACUCGCAAGAUGUCUGUUGCAGCUGAAGAAGGGAGAAGUUUAGAGGAGAGGUCGAGAUGCUCGCGCUUGUUGUCCAUUUUAUUUCCUCUAGCUUGCCUAUUUGUGUUACUAGUUUCUUACGCUGCUUUAGGGGCUCUCUUGUUCGAAUACAUUGAAGGUGGAAGUGAUCAUACUAAGCUGACCGAGGAAUACAGAGAAUUUUUGCGCGGUCUGGUGAAAACCGUUCAAAAUCCUUCAGAUAAUUCGUCCAGUACUGAAGAUUUGAUGCAAAAAGUGAACACAUCGAUUAUCUAUGAAUUUAAAUCGAAAUGGCUCCAGCGUCCAGCUAGAUGGAACUUCUAUGGCUCUAUGUUCUUCUGUUGCACUGUAUUCACAACAGUUGGUUAUGGAGAAAUCUACCCAGUCACGGUCACAGGGAAGGUGGUGUGUAUCCUGUACGCCAUGGUGGGCAUCCCCCUCAUGCUGCUAGUCAUCACGGAUGUGGGUGACAUCCUGGCCAUGCUCGUCUCCAAGGCCUACAUGAGGCUGCACCUGCUCUGCCCGUUGCAGCCCCUCUGCCGCUGGCCCUUCAGGAGGUGCGAGGAGAAGCCGGCGGAGGAGGGCGUGGCCCGCGACGGGGCCUACACCUUCAGCCAGGACUUGGUCAUCCGGGAACCCCUGGAUAUCAAGCAGGUGCUGCGCACCCAGGCCUCGGUGAAGCGCAAGUCCGUCCAGCUGCGCAACAUCGAGAUCUUCGACCGCAUCAUCGCCCGGGAGAACUUGAGCAACUUCACGAGGGAAGCCGGCCUGCCGCGCACCCUCUCCUGCCCCGAGCUCAACCAGAUGCCCCCCCCGAAGGACCACGGCAACUGGGACCUGUCGGAGAUCGGGAAGGAGCUGGACAAGCUGGACGUGCCCCUGGUGGUGAUCCUGGUGCUGUUCUUCACCUACAUCCUGUUCGGCAGCCUCCUGCUUCCUCUAUGGGAGACGGACAUCGACCGCUUUGAUGCCUUCUACUUCUGCUUCAUCACGCUCACCACCAUCGGCUUCGGCGACAUCGUGCCACGCCACCCCAAGUUCUUCAUGCUGACCUCACUCUUCAUCAUCGUUGGUAUGGCCAUCCUGUCCAUGGCUUUCAAGCUGGGCCAGUCGCGUAUCGUCAGCUGCUACCGCCAGUGCAUCGGCUGCAUCAGCAGGGGGAAGGUCAAGACCUACCAGCAACUCGAAGGCAACUGAGAAGCUUGGAAUUGUGACUGGAGAACCGUUGGUUGCGCAUUAUUGGUGGGAUCAUAAACACAUGCCCUUACAGCCUUGAGUGAAGACCCUUAAUACACCUUUUCCACUGACAGGCCUAUGCUGAGCCAAGCUGUGCUGGAGUGUACUUGGAUGUGGCUGACAAGCCUCAUAAGGUUUUCAGUGAUAGUGCCUAGACUGUAUACAUGGUACAGUUUUACAAGGAGAGAUGCAUGCUGUCACAAAGUUAUGAGCAACAGAGAAAAAUCGGUUUACAUUGUUGGAAAAACAAAAAAGGUACAUUCUGCAAUAUUUUGGGUUAUUCCUUUUUAGUGGUGCCAUUACUGCCCAUGCUUAGUGUGACAAUUGUAAAAUUAAUGUUGUAUUGUAUAACUGUAUUGCCAGACUUGCUCUGGACCAGGGCCUAACUAGUUACAGAACGUAGCAGAGCUGAACUAAUGUGGUUGGUUCUUGCUCAGCAGACAAAAAGAGAUCAUGGAAAACCAUUCAGAGCUCUUUAUUUAGCUUGUCAGCCUGGAUCCAGCUCAGCAAUGGAAAGGGGAUAUUAAACAUUGGAGACACACAGUCCAAAUAAGGGUUCACAUUCCAGAUACCACAGUGCCUGUGGUUUGUGUUCUGUCCAUACCCUUAAUCGACCAGUUGGAUGCAUGACUUAGCUGAAUGAAUAACAAUGAGCAGGUGCUCAGGGCACUGAGGACACAUUAUUUUUAAUUUAAGUAUUUAUUAGCACCUUUAUUGAAGGGGACAUGUCAACUAUACGCACAGCCUGUGUAUUUACAGCAGUCUCUCUAGCUAUGCUCCUUGCUCGAGGGUACAAACCAUGGCUCCCACCAUAGAUGUGAAUCUGCAAGUCUACGGUCUGUCCAGUUCCAUAGCCACAAUUUGACAUUGCUGCAGAGAAUUAAGAGAGAUAGAGACAGGAUCUUGGCAGUCUCUGAAGAGGACCACCUACAGCUGAGAUAACUGGAGUCCUGUGUCAAAAGUUUGGCUGUAAACUAUUGCAUGAUAAUACUUGCAAGUGACGUUUAUUGGUAACUUUGAAAUGAGUGCCAUAUUUUUACUUAUUUGACUGCAACAGAUGUGUACCGCAAGGUCCUGGGAGUCUUAUUUGAUAGCUCAUUUGCAUUUGCUUUGUAAGUUGGAUAAACGUAUACCUUUUUUGUAGUAAUUGUCAGGGUGUUCACCAUAAGAGAGGAACAGCGUGACCCUAGAAAUGUAGCAUCCAGAUUUCUUUUUUUUGUCUUAACCUGUGCUUUUUGACCCAGUGCAGUCUGUGCAUAGGAUUUCAGGAUGGAGCUGAACAGACAGCUAUCAGUUAAGA